AACAACAAAGAUAUUUGGUUGAAUUCGUGCUGGAGAGUAUGCGAAUAUCUCAUUAAAAUUUCAAUAGUCGCUUGCUGAGUGCUACCAAGUUUUGUUUUACUCAUUUUAGAACCAUUUUCCUAUUGUGAACGGCUCAAAGAAGAAAUUACUGUCAAAAUAAUAAAAAUUGUUACACACAAAUUUGAAAUUGAAAAGGGCAGGCGAAGAUAAAUCGUUAAGACAUAGACGGUGGUUGAAGAGUUCAGUGCGACCAAGUAUAUACAAUUCGAUUUCAAGGCUGCCAGUUUGUAUGGAAAUUCGGAAAGUUUGUUCGAUUGGCUUGUCUAUAGCAGUUAGCCAAUCGAUGACAGCUAAUCAUUCAAAGAUAUCACGUGAUGAUAUGUUGGAAUUAUAUUAUAUUAGUACCUAUAUAUGUAUGUAUAUGUCGCGAAGAAAAACAAAUGGAAAUGACGUUAGACGCUAUUUUAAGUAGGUUAAAUGACCUAAAAAUGUCUAUUGGUGGGAUGAUACAGAAGCUUGAGACCGAGUACGAAAUAAUUAACUGGCCAACCUUUCUUGAUAAUUUCGCUAUCAUAUCAAGUCAUUUAACAGGUUUGUCAAAAAUCCUCGCUAAAGAAGUUUGUCCACCGCUACGUAAUCGUACGGUUCUCCCAUUAAUGUUAUCGCAAGACCGUGAUGAGUCGUUAAUAAAUCUUACACAGGGACGCGUUCCCGUGUUUUCACAUGACAUUGUACCAGAUUAUUUGCGCACGAAACCGGACCCACUUACUGAACAAAAGCUAAAUCAAGGUGAACAAAAGGCUGCGAAUUUAACGACAGAAGCGGCAAUGAAACAAGUAACACAGUACAAUAAAGUCGUGUCUCACGUACUAGAUAUGGUUUGUAAAGCUCGGGAGGAAUGGGAGAUUGAAUCAUCCACCAGAGCAGGAAUUCAACAAACAAGCAGUAUGGCAGAUACCCAUGCGCUGGUCGCCGCGGUGGGAAUGGGCAAAGGUUUAAAAGUCAACGUUCCAUUAAAUGUGGCAACAGGACCAGCCAAUAUGAUGGUUCCGCCUCAACGUGCUUCUGCACCGAUUACUUCGGUCAGUCCAGGUGGUGUCGGUCAAAUUAACAAGGCUCCCUCCGGCAUUAAAACAAAUAUAAAACCUGCUAUGCAAGUUCACCAAUUUUCACGAUAGUCAAUAAUUUAUAUACUUUAGAAAUUUAUCAUACGAUGAUUUUAUAAAAUUCUAUUUAUAAUUCGUUUAAGGGGUGAAUUGUUAAAUACUUAAGAGCUAGCUAAUGUUAGUCUAAUAUUUUGAUACGGUGGUUGAAAACGGAAUCACUACUGUGGUUGGGUGAACUCUGUUUCGGAAAACUAUUAAUAUAUUGGCAACCUGUUCCAACACACUCAAAAUUAUAUUUCAAAGCGCUUAAAAAAUAUAUUUAAUUCCAUUUUAA